UCCCCGCCUGCCCCUCCAGGUCGCUCGCGGCUCCGGACUAAGUGCGCGGCAGAAGCGCGUUUCUCGCUCCGGGUCGAGAUGUGGCCCCCGCUGCUCCUUGGGGGGCUCGUCCUCCUGCUGGUGGGGGAAUCCGUAUCUUCCUCCUCGCACUCCCUGCGCUACGUCUACACGGGGGUGUCUGAGUCCGGGCAGGGGCAGCCCUGGUUCGUCGCUGUGGGCUACGUGGAUGACCAACUCUUUUAUUACUACGACAGCAACACCAGGAGGUCUGUGCCCCGUGAGUCCUGGAUAGAAAAGGUGGUGCAGUAUGAGCCCGGCUACUGGGAUAGAGAGACCAACAAUUUACAGGGCUCUGAGGCUGUGUACAGAUUUAACUUGGAGACCCUGCGGACUCGCUACAACCAGAGCCAUGGAGGGCUCCACACCUUGCAAUGGAUGUACGGCUGCCAGGUGGAGCUGGACGGGCUGCCCAAUGGGGGGCACUUCCAGUAUGCCUAUGAAGGGAAGGACUUUCUGUCCUUGGACAAGGAGACCCUCACCUGGACGGCCCUCACGCCCCCAGCCCAGAUCACAAAGCGGAAGUGGGAGGCAGAGAAGAGCAUAGCUGAAUACUGGAAGACCUACCUGGAGGAGAUCUGUGUGGAGUGGCUGUGGAGGUACCUGGACUAUGGGAAAAAGACACUGCUGAGGACAGAGGCCCCAGCUGUGAAGGUGGCCCGAAAGGCAGGCUACGAUGGCCGGGAGACCCUCAUCUGCCAGGCCCACGGUUUCUACCCUGCGCAGAUCGAUGUCACCUGGAUGAAGGAUGGGGAGGACCGGAAACAGGACACUUUAAUGGGGGGUGUCGUCCCCAACUCAGACGGGACCUACCACACCUGGCGCAGCAUCGAGGUGGACUCCCAGGAGAGGGACCACUACCAGUGCCAGGUGGCUCAUGACAGCCUCCCAGAGCCCCUGGACUUCACCUGGGAGGAGCCAGCAUCCAACCAGGGGCUCCUUCUGGGGGUCCUUCUGGGGGUCCUGGUUGCCCUCAUCCUGCUGGGAGCCAUGGUCAUCAUCUACUACAAAAAAUGUAGACAGCCAGCGGCAGGCUAUAAAGUAACAGCAGGAAGUGACCGAGGAUCUGACAGCACCAGUGUUUCUGUGCCGCCUGAAGCGUAAGAGGAGAACAAAGAGGACCUACUCAAAGGUUCUGGGGAUCGUUUUACCCACCUAAUCCCACCCCUGACAGUGGUUUUGAGAAUCUAUCUGUAUCACUUAGAUUUUGAGAGUUUUUUCCUAAUAAAUUGAUUUUGUUUUUGUUCUGAGUUUUGAGAAAUUAGCAAGUAAUUGGAGAUGAGUUGAAAUAUUUGCUAAUCUUUUUAAAAGUUAAGGAAAUUGAUUUAUAGCCUAUGCUUGGUAAGGUAUAUCCUCCUCAGUGGUUUUGACCGUGUCUGGGGCUUUAGGGGUGCUGUGUUCCUUCAAUUCACCUUCUCUGUUUUUCUGUUCUGAUUUAAAAUCACCAGGUGUAAAUAGUUAUAUUCACUUCAAAUGUGCUAAAGCUCUGAUUACUUCCUACAAACAGUAGGCUAAACUGAUGUGAUAAGACAAAGAUAAAGCAAGUAUAUAAUCCACUAAGGAACGCAAAGAAAAAGGGGAGCCAAUCCCCCCAAAAACAGAGAUACUUGCCAAAAAAAACAAGGAAGAAAACAGUGUAGUACUGAAUUAUGCUAAACUUUUAGUAAUCAAUAUAAGUGAUACAAUAAUACAUUCAUUGAAAGACAUAAUACUUAUUGUCCAAACUGCGUCCUUCACAUUGGAUUCAUUCAUAAGUUGCAGGAACCUUUCAUGAGUGAAAUAUGAGCCCAACAGAAACGGCUGAAGAAAUUUAAAAGCAGUCCAAAAGGUGAUGGAUUUCAGCUGCAACAAUUCAUACAAUGCGAUAAACUUCUUAAAGCGGAGCAAAAAUAGUUGCUAGUAAUUAUAUUCACUUCACCAAGCGAGUUGUUUGAUGAUUAAAUAGACAGUAACUCAGUCCUGAUAGGACGUCUAAUUAUGAUGUAUAGCAUCAACAGGAAAGUUCCGCGACCAAGGUCGCAUUCCUUAACAAAGUUUGCUCCACAAGCUGUUUCAUUCAUAUAAAUGUUCAAUGUAACGCAGAUGGUCAGUAAUACGCACUGUGUUCUGCAAACACUCAAGCGGUAAUUAUUGCUCUGUAGGUUAUCUAGAAUAUGCACUGGUAUCCAAAUGAUCUCCAAUGUUAAGCCGGAAGGAGGGGUGCUUAUAAGAGGAGCGGGUUUUGCCCCUGGAGCCCAUGGGGGCAACAGAGGCCCUCAUCUCUCAGACGCCGCCUGUAGAUCUACCCAGGACUAUCCCUGUCCAGGUCCUAGUUGCACAUCAAAUGAGAUGCCCAGAGGAGUGGGGGGAGGUGGGGGAGAGAUUUAUUACUGGCAAUUUUCUAUUUCUUCCUUGACAAGAAUAUCAUCUGCAUUUUGCCUUGAACGUGAUAAGAUGUAAAAUUUCUCCUGUUUUAUUGAAAUAAACCACUUGUGGACUUUCCUCCCCCA